AUGAAAAAGCUGGAAUUUGAUCGGAAAAACACUUUGAUUAGAAGGAGUAGAAAAAAGCCUGCAAAGUCAUGUUACUUUUGCAGAUCGAGAAAGCUUAAGUGUGAUAGAACAAGGCCGCUAUGCGGAAGUUGUUCUUCCAGAAGUCGAAAGCAAUGUGACUAUGAAGAAAACACUUCUGCGGAAGAGAAUCAGCUCAGGGCAAAAUACAGCAAAUGUUCGAAGUUUGAGAUGGCUCGCCGUAUUGAAGAACUGGAAUCUCACAUAGCAAAACAGCCCCAGGCCUACAUUCACAAGGAAGAGAAUCCUCUCAACAACAUGAGAUAUCUAUCUUCAAAGCACAAUAGACACAUACUAUAUGGGCCAACAUCAUACCGAGCAAUAUUAGCAACCCAAACAGACACUUUUACCAAAUACAGGGAAAAGAUAUGGAAAGUACUAAAGCUUAGUCGUAACAGCUGGAAAAGAGAACAUCAUUACUCAACCCUUUCAGAGAUCAGUUCCAUUGAGGCUGUCUCACCCCAAACCGAUUCACAGAGUGUUAUUGAAUCUUUAUGUGAAUCACUUCCAACCUAUGAGACUUUCCAGCAGCAUCUAGCCGAUUUUUUCGCCAGCAAUUUCUACCACAGCUACCAAAUUGUUAAUGAACAAAAAGUCCUGACAGACCUACAAGAUUGCUUUGUGAAAGGUCCAAAAAAUUGUGAAACGGGCUGUCAUGAAAUAACUGCCCUCACUCUAGACACCAAGAAAAACUAUUACAAAGUGGGUGUAAUGACAGCAAUUAUGUGCUUAGCAUCACACCCGAGUAAGGUGCCAGAAGCUGUUGAAGUAUUCCAUAAAGUUUUAACAUCUUUUGUUUCGGCUAAAGUCUUUUACAUUGAGCGUGUCGAAUUUUUGUUUUUACGUUAUUUGUAUAUAAAUGUAGCGGGUCUCGAUGGGGGCGAUCAAUCGCAUUGUAUAUUUCUUCAUGGGUUGACGGUUGACACAGCUAUUCAUAUGGGUCUUAACGAAGAUCUUCGCCGUUUAUUUGUGAAUGAAAACCAUCCAAUGGAGGAGAUUCCAUAUUUGAAGAGAUUAUGGUUAUGGAUAUUAUUCACAGACGUAAAAAUCUCACUUUCCACAGGGAUUCCACUACGCAUCAGCGAUGCUUUUGCAGAAAAGGCAUGCAUUGAAAAUUAUUCCUCACCAAGUGAUAUUCUUCUUUAUAAGACGACAUCAAAACUAAGGAACAUUAUGGAACAAAUUCAUGCCCGCGAAAUAUCGCCCAACAUCCUGCUUAUCAUUGAAGACUUGAAAGAAUUUACCAGAAAGGUGUUCAAACCCUUACAAUUUUACUUAAAUACAUUAAAUUUAGAUGGUAAUGAGUUCACCCAGCUUCAAUUAUGGCACACAAGCCUUCAUAUGCUAGCAAGUUUAUCCAAUCUUCAUGCCUUGACAUGUCAAGAAUAUAACUCAACAAUAUUCAAUACAAGCAUUCUGGCUCCCCUGAACUCAUUACAUUUGUGCUUCAAGGUCCUCGAAGGUUAUUUUGAAUUAGAUAAUCACAAUGCAUCUUCUGCUUCUCCUUGUAUUUCAAAAAAAUGGCCCCAUCUGAACAGUGCACUAUUUCUUGUUUAUGUGGGUGCUUUUAGAGCAUUGAUUCAGAUUUACACUAUAUUUUUACAAUACAUGGAAAACAAAGAUAUCCAAUCGUUCACGCAGACAAAUAUGCCUAUAAAAAGCCAGUCUAUAUGUUCUGGGGAUAUCGAAGGUCCACGCGAUGGUUGCAUUUCACUGAAGGAUGUAUUCAAAGAAAUGGGAAACAUAUUUGAUCAUAUUCACCAGGAAAAGUUGAGGCCGCUUGCCCAAAUUUGGCAGAACUCCUAUUACUUUUCUAUUAUCGUAUCAAUGGAAAAAAUAGGAAGGAAAGCAUUUGAAAAAGUAUUGAAACAUAUUGAUGAGAGGCGUAAAAUAGAGGAAGACACAUCUGAAAAAAAUUCAACCACAAUAUCAAAUGAUCCAGAGGAAUUCCUGAUGCGUUUCUCAGAAAAUUUCGCUGAGGAUAUAUCAGGAUAUUCGGAUGAUUUUUUUGAUACAGAUAUUUACGGAUGGAGCAACUUUGAAGAUUUCUUUCCUUAA